AUUCUCCAGCAGCAAUGAACAUUUCAGCAUGAAGAACCCACUGGCAGGUUGCGCGUAUGACAGAGUGUACCAAGACCUGAAAGGGUUUUCCAAAAAUGGAGACAGCUUCUGCAAGCAACUGUUGUCUAUUCUUCAACAGAGAGCUAAUUUGGAAAUUACUUAUGCUGAAGGACUGGGGAAGCUGUCCAAGAAGCUCACAAAAGUGUUGAACAAGAUGAAGGUCAAUUAUAUUUGCAGUGCCUGGCAUUGUGUUUUGGAGGAGAUGAAAUCAACAUCUGAUUUGCACUGUAAACUUGGCAAAGCUAUUCUGAUAGAAGCAAUAAACCCAACGAAACGCAUCCUGGAUGAACAUGAAAAGAAGAAAAAAGCACUGGAUAACGAGGUGGAGAAGGCAGCGGACAUGGUUGUCAGCAACUGGCGGCAGCAAAUAAAGGCCAAGAAGAAAUUAAAGGAACUUACCAGAGACCAUGAAGCACUCUUCCGGGAUACAGAAAGCUCCCACCCCUUGUCUUCACCAAAGACCAAACAAAAGUUGCUCAGAAACCUGGAAAAAUCUGCGACAAAACUGGCAAAGGAUGACGAAGAUUAUUACAAAAAGAACGUAACCGCCUGUGAAACUAGGUUAAAAUGGGGGACCACGUUAGAAAACUGCCACCAGAAUAUUCUCGACCUUGAAAAGGAGCGACUGCACCUUCUGUGCAACAUGUUAAAUUGCUACAGCCAACAUCUUUCCAGUUUCGGACACAGCCUAACUGCAUGUCACACACAAAUGCGUACCACUGUUGGCAAAGCUGAUGCUGAAAAGGACGCCCAGCUGUUGUUGGGAGAAAAGGCGCUGUCUGUCGAAGAGAACAAAUCAGAGUUCUUGUUAACAGACUAUUAUGAGGAAGAUUCAACAAGCCUCAUCGAAAAAGAGAGGAGGCACGCUUCCGUCAAAACUAAAGUUCUACGGCUACAAAAGGACUUAGAAAAAGCCCUGCAGGACAAGAGAGGACUGGAACGGAUGCUUCAAGCGUACCUGGAGAUGCCGCAGUUCCUGGAUCCAAAGAAUCAGAACGAGAUCACCGAGCAGCUCAACGAGGCAACUCUGAAAGUUAAUUUUUUACAAGCAAACUACUUCAAAUUGGGCAGCCUUCUAGCAGAAAUGGAACAGAAGCCGAAACCAACCCAACCCUGGAACGACUGCAUUUCAAAGUGGAGAGAAAAGGAUUGUGUGCAUAGUUCUGUGAUGAUCGCUUGCCCUAUCAAAAUGAAACACUUUGAGCGAACUCUGAGCAUGCGGGUGGCCAGCGAAAGAGGAAGUAACCCAAAUUCUCCGUCAGCAACUGUUUGCAAUUCAAAUUCAGCACCCUCUUUAUAUCCAGAGAAUGGCUAUUCAGCACACGCUAUGUGUACGGCUUUAUAUGAUUACCAAACUGAAAGGGAGGAUGAGCUUUGCUUGAAAAAAGGUGACGUGAUUGUAAUUCAUCAAAAGGAAGAUGACAGAUGGUGGCAUGGAUCUCUAAAUGGGAAAAGUGGUGUUUUUCCAGCAACAUAUGUAGAAGAGCUCUCUCCCUGUCCUGACGGGAGCCUUACUACUGCAGAGGCAUCAACCCCUUAUUAA